GACCCACCCCACGCCCCACUCGUACCCUCACAACCAGACCAGGUGCACUUUAUUCCCCAUAUCAACUUUCAUCUUUUGAAAAGACUUCAGCAAUUCAUAAACCAGCUACCAGCUACCGACUCUCACCAGAUGCCAUUCCGCAAGCUGAAACAAAAACGAGUGACUUUGAAAAUGUCCACAAAGUCACUAGUAGAGACCGCCCCACGAAUAUGCGCGAGGCUAGAAACUCUCGGUUGUUUACACGUAUCAAGCUCAACACACCCGGCCCAUGGCAAUACCGCUCACUCCAGACCCAACCCAAGAGUCGAAGUCUACUUCCAACUGCGCGCACCAAUGUGCUUCAUUCUCGUGCAAAUUCACCAGGUGACCAACGCGAGGUGGAACAGGAACAUGCAAAGGACAUGGCAUUAGUGGACAUUGAAGACUUUGAUGUGAGAUCCAAGGUUGCGCACUUGAUGGCAGUCGCUCCGGCGCUGCCUAUACGGGAUCUAUAUCAUCUUGUAAUUGAUACCAAGGGCCACAUGACCAAAGCUAUAAAGAGGGCGAUCAGAAUGAGUGAAGCGCCAGAUCAACUUCGCACGGCUACUCUACGUUCUUCGCAGCAAGAAAAGUCUACCAACCCAGACACCGAAGAAAUCAAGGUUAAGAUAGACCUGAGUGAUUCCACCUUCAAGUGGGAUGAUCACGCGCCAGCAGCGGAACCAAUUACAACAUCAAACGCUCGCUCAUCAAAUACAAAUCCUAGACCAAGGUCUACCCAUCGUUUCCGAUCACUGUAUUCAACCGAAUCGAGGAAACGAAUAAAACCACCAACUCUGACAUACCCGCGUACGGGGAUAAAACGCACAAAAGCCAUACUCUCAAAACGUGCAAACGCGGGAGAGACCAGCAGUGACCGCGACUUUGUGAUUGCCGAUAACGCCAUUCAGUAUUCCCUGAACUACGAUAAAUCACACAAGUACGAGGGAUUGUGCGGCAAGGCUACACCGAGGAGGCGCAGAAACUACACAUCAUAACUGUGGUGGUUAGGAAAUGAAAUUUCACGUUUGAUCUGCAGCUUCGCAAUGCCUACAACUACUGUCGUGAACGAAAACACUGGCAGAUUAAUGGACUAGUUGGAUGGGUACGUGGAUUUCGAGGGUGAGGAAAGCCAGCACGCUGCCGAGGUGGUGGCUCAAGUCUCAGUGACUACGUAUGUCUACAAGGGCAUGCCAGACGCAUCACUCAGAGUUGCCUUCACGCAGUAGUGAAUGCAAUCUCAACUUCGGC